GUUGCUAUACCAACGUACCGGAAGUCGCAGAGCAUUGUGGGUACUGUCAUGGUGGCUGGAGCAGCAAACGGAACGUUUAUGUGGCUUAAGCUUUGAAACAGUCGUUUCUUUGGGACCUUUUAUUUUACAGAGAACGUCUGGUCCGACACACCGGCAGCAUGGCCUCCACGGCGGCAGGGAAACAGCGGAUACCGAAGGUGGCGAAGGUGAAGAACAAAGCUCCUGCUGAGGUCCAGAUCACAGCUGAGCAGCUGCUGAGAGAGGCCAAGGAGAGGGAGCUGGAGCUUCUGCCUCCGCCACCCAAACAGAAGAUCACCGAUAAGGAGGAGCUGAACGACUACAAGCUGAGGAAGAGGAAGGCUUUUGAAGACAACAUCAGGAAGAACCGGACCAUCAUCAGUAACUGGAUUAAGUACGCUCAGUGGGAGGAAAGUCUGAAGGAGAUCCAGAGGGCCCGGUCCAUUUAUGAAAGAGCGCUGGACGUCGAUCACCGCAAUGUCACUUUGUGGCUGAAGUACGCCGAAAUGGAGAUGAAGAGCCGCCAGGUGAAUCAUGCUCGUAACAUCUGGGACAGAGCUAUCACCAUCCUUCCACGGGUCAACCAGUUCUGGUACAAGUACACCUACAUGGAGGAGAUGCUGGGGAACGUGGCUGGCUGCAGGCAGGUGUUUGAACGCUGGAUGGAGUGGGAACCCGAAGAACAGGCCUGGCACUCCUACAUCAACUUUGAGCUGCGCUACAAGGAGGUGGACAAAGCCCGGACCAUCUACGAGCACUUCGUCCUUGUUCACCCGGAGGUGAAGAACUGGAUCAAAUACGCUCGCUUCGAGGAGAAGCACGGAUAUGUGGCUCACAGCAGGAAGGUGUACGAGCGGGCUGUGGAGUUCUUCGGGGAGGAACACGUGGAGGAGAACCUGUUUGUGGCCUUUGCCAAGUUUGAGGAGACACAGAAGGAGUUUGAGCGUGUUCGAGUCAUCUACAAGUACGCACUGGACAGAAUCCCCAAACAUCAGGCCCAGGAGCUCUUCAAGAACUACACCAUGUUUGAAAAGAAGUUUGGAGACCGGAGAGGAAUCGAAGAUGUGAUCGUCAGCAAACGGAGGUUCCAGUACGAAGAGGAAGUGAAGGCUAACCCACACAACUACGACGCCUGGUUUGAUUACCUGCGGCUGGUGGAGAGCGAUGCGGACGCCGACACGGUGAGAGAGGUUUACGAACGAGCCAUUGCCAAUGUGCCCCCCCUGCAGGAGAAGAGACACUGGAGGCGCUACAUCUACCUGUGGAUCAACUACGCUCUGUACGAGGAGCUGGAGACCAAGGACCCGGAGAGGACGAGGCAGGUUUACCAGGCUUGUCUGGAGCUGAUCCCUCACAAGAAGUUCACAUUUGCUAAGAUGUGGCUGCUUCAUGCUCAGUUUGAAAUCCGACAAAAGAAUCUUCAGAACUCCAGAAAGAUCAUGGGCACGGCCAUCGGGAAAUGUCCCAAGAACAAGUUGUUUAAGGGGUACAUCGAGUUGGAGCUGCAGCUGCGAGAGUUUGAUCGCUGCAGGAAGCUCUACGAGAAGUACCUGGAAUUCACCCCAGAGAACUGCACCACCUGGAUCAAGUUUGCAGAACUGGAGACGAUUCUGGGAGACAUGGAUCGAGCUCGGGCCAUCUUCGAGCUUGCCAUUGGACAGCCACGACUGGACAUGCCCGAGGUUCUGUGGAAGUCCUACAUCGACUUUGAGAUCGAGCAGGAGGAGUUUGAGAACACCAGGAACCUUUACAGGAGGCUGCUGCAGCGCACUCAGCAUGUCAAGGUUUGGAUCAGUUUUGCCAAGUUUGAGCUGUCCAUUGAUGAACCCACGCGGCUGCUGAAGUGUCGCCAGAUCUACGAGGAGGCCAACAAGAGCAUGAGGAGCUGUGAGGAGAAAGAGGAGCGGCUGAUGUUGCUGGAGUCCUGGAGAGACUUUGAGAAGGAGUUUGGGUCCGACAGCACCAGGGACCGGGUCAGGAAGCUGCUGCCUGAGAAGGUGAAGAAGAGGAGGAAGCUGACAGCUGAAGACGGGUCCGACGCAGGCUGGGAAGAAUACUAUGACUACAUCUUCCCAGAAGAUGCUGCCAACCAGCCCAACCUCAAGCUGCUCGCUAUGGCCAAGAUGUGGAAGAGGCAGCAGGUGAGGGACGAUGGAGACAAGUCUUCAGCAGGUGAGGAGGAACAAUCUUCCUCUCACCAACCUGCAACUCCUGAAAAGCAGCCGGAGGAUGAGAGCAUCCAAAUGGAGACGGAGCAGCAGAACACACACGGUGACCGAUCCGACGGGAGCAGCCAGAAGGAGAAGGAGGAGGAGGAGAGAGAGGGCAGCCAGAGCAACAAGGAGGAGAAAGACCAGAGUCCUCCUUGAGAAACUUCACCUUGGUUUUCCUUCAGUUAAAGAACUAAAAUAGCUCAUUUGUCUCACACACACACACACACACACACUUUUAUAUUUUUCCGAAAUGUUCAUUGAAAAUUUACAGGAAAUAAAAACAUGAAGCCACGUGUUUUCUAUAA